AUGAGUUUAGGCCCAAAGACUCUUAUUGAGUGUAUGGCCGCUGCAGGCUUGCCUUCAACUCUUGUUAAAUGCCUAUAUAUUUUCCUUGAUCUUCCGCCUCAGGAAAAUGCAGAAUCUAGCCAGUGCAGAUUGCGUUUUCAGGCUACGUUUAGAAAUCUUUUGCAACGCAUUUGCCUUCACCAUGAGGCGGCUGAGGAAAUUGCUCGAAAAGAUGCCCUUCGAUAUCUCUUUAGUGCUGCCGCUGACUGGUGUCCUCCUCAUAAUAAAUAUUGGCGCCACUCUACUGUUGCUGUGCUCUCUACACUCGCGCAAAAUUCGAUUUCCUCCGUGGUCAUACACUAUGUUCAUAACUCUGGAUGCAUGGCUGAAUGUCUCAAAAAUAUAAAAAAUCGCUUACUUCCUUGCGAAGCAGUGGAUAGUUUCAUAACCUUACUUCAUUUUCUCCGCGAAUCUUCCAUAAUAUCGCAGACUAUUCUUGAUGAUUUUAGAGAAAAUCAAGGUUAUCUACAAGCUGGCGAUUUUUUACUUAAGUAA